UUAGAUCCAGUAAAUUUGUAUAAUCUUCCUCAAAAAAUGACUACAAUACGUCCAUUUGAACCAAGCGAUUUAUUCAGAUUUAAUAAUGUCAAUCUCGAUCCGCUUACAGAAACGUAUGGGUUGCCUUUCUACAUGCAAUAUUUAAUCAAUUGGCCCGAAUAUUUUCAUGUUGCAGAACACCCAACUGGUCAAAUUAUGGGAUAUAUUAUGGGAAAAGCAGAAGGCAGAGGACAAGAAUGGCAUGGGCAUGUUACAGCCGUGACGGUCGCAUCAGAUUUUCGAAGGAUGGGAUUGGCAGCUAAAUUUAUGAAAUUAUUAGAGGAAAUUUCUGAAGAAAAACAUUGCUAUUUUGUUGAUUUGUUUGUACGCGUUUCAAAUCGUACAGCAAUCAAAAUGUAUGAGAAUUUGGGAUAUACAGUGUUUAGGCAAAUUACUGAUUAUUAUUCGGCUACAGAUGAUGGAAAAACUGAUGAGGAUGCAUUUGAUAUGAGAAAAGCACUUUCUUGGGAUGUUGGGAAGAAGUCUGUAAUACCCUUAAAAACGCCCGUGCAUUUUAGUGAAGUUGAAGAAGCUCAUUGA